AUGAUCCUCUUCUUCGAAUGUGAACCACGAUGUCCGCUUCUUUGUUCAAUCUUCUUCGCAGAUUUCUGCUGCCGUUCAACACGCCGUCACACAUCCUCCACUCACGGCUUUGCUAUUCGCUCUCUUCAACACAGAACCUUCGAUGAACACUGCUUGCCUCGAUUAUGUAUCGUAAGCGGAAAGAUAUCUGGUGCCUCUUCAAAUUUGACGAAGAUGAAUGGAAGACCAGAAGCUUUGAUCUCCAGGUAUGAUGUGUACUUUGAUUACUCAAUGUUUCUUCCUCUUCUUUGUGUUAGUUAUUCCGAUGUGAUGAAGAAGAAAAUUGAUGUUGACUUUGUUAAUGCAGCUGUUGUUGUUAUUGUGUUAGAGUUGUUCUGGAUGCAGAUCACUGACUUGAUUCAAGAAGAUCGAUGA